UCUGUGAAAUCUGUUCUGUGUGCGGAAGUGCAAGGGAAUACGUCUCCCGAAAUGAAUUUGUGCUACGUUAAGAAUAAACAUUUUGUGCGGCUUUCCAGACGCAUUAAUGUCUGCUGCUAAUGUGUCCAUUAUGACCUAAUUACCCGCCUUUUCAAAUGUUUUGCUUUAUUACGGUUUCGGCGCGAUGUUUGUUUUUCUUUUCGGAAGUGAGUGAUCUUGACAUAUAUUUCUGGGUGGUUGAAAUUCCGGGACACCCGAAGAUAUGUUUUCUUGCUUGUGGCAGCUAUGGGGAUGGGUUGACCCCACUAGCAUGGAAAACAAAAAAGGGGCCUUUCAGAAUCAAACGACCACCAACAAUAUCACACAGAACAACGAAGCCCCCGAGAAUGAUGCCAUCCCCAAACUCACUCACCAGCACAAUAACACCGCACCCCAGCAUCUCCGCUACCUGCAGUACGGGUUGAAGAUUCCCAACCACCAGCACCCUCAAAUGAGGGAAUUCCAACAAAUGAACUCUCCCCUCCACUUACUUCCGCAGUACCAAAACCAACAGCUGCACUUUCGACAGCUGCAGUCAUCCCCCCAAUUCAACACACCUAAUAAUAUCUAUGCCGGUCAGAAAUAUGUUCACCAGCACCAAAAAGGCCCCAGCAACCUCCAUCCGCAGCCCAUUUACCAAACCACACAACCGCCUCCAUCCGCAAUGCACGCACAUAAUCCCAUGGCUCAAAAUACUCCCCAGAUCUGGGUGCCGCAUCAACCUCCUCCCAUCCACUAUCACCAACAGCAGCUGCAGAAGGCUGAAGCUCAAAAAUUAAGUACGCCCAAAGCUCAACCGAAACCAAGAGAAGUCGUUGAAAGAAAGAAGUCGAGCGGCAGCGUCCAGCUGAGGUCUCCAUCUGCAAAGAGGCCGCUGGAAGCUCCCGUUACGAUGCAGGGGUGGCUGCACAAGCAGGGUUCGGAGGGGCUUAUGUUGUGGAAGAAGAGGUGGUUCGUCUUGUCGGAGUACUGUUUGUUUUAUUACAAGGGUUUGGAAGAGGAAAAGCUGCUGGGUUCCAUUCUACUCCCUUCAUAUAAGGUAUCGAUAUGCAGGCCAGAAGAGAAAGUCAGUAAAAAGUUCGCGUUCAAAUGUGAACACGCUAACAUGAGGACUUACGUGUUAGCGGCAGAUUCACAGGAACUGAUGAUGCAGUGGGUUCGAGUCCUUAAUCUGGCCUGUAUGCUCCAGUCGAACGUCGAAACCGAGGCAACUCCUGUUGGUUCAGAGAGCACACCAUGUCAUAACAAAUCCACCGAUAGUUCGGAAUCAAACAGUGCUCAACAAUAUUACAAACAGAAUAUAAAAACCCCUCAGUUGCAAGCGCAUUCACCUAGUAACACCCUGAUCUCUACACCUCAAGACCAAAGCCAGUACAACCAACCGCUCUAUGCAAACGCGCCCCCAAAGCCAAGAAGACUGAACGACGGAUUCUCCUCUCCUAGCCCCGACGUGCUAGACAGGUACAACUCCCAGUACAAGGAGCCUAGGAACAUCAACAAAUCACCGGUCAGUAUAUACGGCACCCCUGUAAAUAUAUACAAGGACGACCCGCGGGAAUAUAUGUUCACUCCUACCCGGGAAAUGCAUCCUGUACAUGCUGUUGAGCGAAGAACUCCCGAUACAUAUGGAAGAUCCAAGCUGCAUCCCGUCAAGUAUCGUCACCCGACGGACUAUGAAGACGUCUACGUCGAGCAAGGCAUGUACAAGCGACCUCUCAGCCCUAUCGCCUAUACGCACGUAGUGAAGAAAGUCAACCCUCCUCCCCCAGUGAGUCCGGCCUACAGAGCGUACACCCCGGUCAAUAUGCUCGGCCCUACCGAAAUCGUACACUAUCCCCCGCCUCAGAUGAGGAAACUGCCAAGCAUCAACAUUGCCAGACCACACAGUGCCGAUUUUCUGGAAUACGAAAUCAACCAUCGACAACCCAGUCCGGCUGUCUUAACCAGGCAGCAACCGAGGCCUAAGUCUAGUCUAGACAUCAAUCGGAACACCAACGAAAACGACAAUUACUUUUACACGGAAGAGUUGUACGCAGAGAAGAUGAGAAAGUCUGCGCAGUAUCUCCAGAAGGUGCCUAACAGGGCCAAGGUAGAAGUGGUUCCUCCGAAAAACGUGACCGCGAGGGUCUCGGAAAAUGAAAAUUCUUUGCCGCUGAUCAGGCCUAAUGCGCAACCGGCAGAGUUCAGCAAUUUGCGCAUUAGCGACAUUCCAGAGCCUCAGCCAAUGAGGAGUAGGAGCGUAUUAAGUGAGGGGUCUCUGUCCAAGGAAAUCGAUAUGGAUUUCUGUUCUCAGAGGGAUUCGGUUAGUCCAGAAUACGCAGCGAGAGAAGUUUACGGUCACAAUGUCAGGAGCAGGGACUACGAUCAGUUUACUAGGUCGGCUAGUGCCAGGCUAGCUCAGAACACCCCUCAGAUGGACAGAUCCGCGACCGAGAAGCGAAGUAUGACCAGGGAAGGCGAAAGAAAGAGAGAAGAAUCCAUGAAGCGAUUACUUGAAUGGAAACAAAGAAUGCUGCAGUCCCCUCUGAAUAGGAAAAUACAGGGAAACAGGGUAUAUCUUGGUAAAUAUGACUACCCGGUCAACCAAGAAAAUGCCCAUAACAUGGAAAUGCAUCCAAAACGUGGCAAGGUCUACGAGGACCAAAGACAGCCUAGGCCGCAAUAUAAUAGUUACUCGUCUGAUGAUGAAGAAAAUGAGGAGAGAAGCAAGGAAAUUGUGCAAUCACAGGCAGGACGGACCUUGGACACAUACUCUGAGUCACCUACACCUGCACAAACCACUUCUACCACUGUACUUAGUACCCUGGCCGAACCUGAAAAGCCUAUAACUCACUCUAAUAUAUUGCAUGAUGCACAAUACACCAAUGCCUUUGAAAAACACUCUGAAGAUGAUUCCGUCAAAGAAAGUAAAGACGAUGCUUUUGCACAACCACUCAAGCAGUUCAGUAAAGAUGCGUCUAAUCUUGCACACGUCUCCAAUCUGCGGUCUGAGUUCUCCGAAAAGUUUGAGCCAAGCCCCAUCGUAACAGAAACGAAGAGCAACGGAGCUUUAGUUAAAUCAAUUUUUGCGGAAUUAGAAAAAAAAUCCUCAACGGAAGAUGAUUUGGAACCAGAAAUGAAUAGAAUCAUGUUGGAGGAGAAUUACAUGCCAAUGUCUCCAAAAAAGAACGUGUUGAGUCCUAGGAGUAGUACAAACACCUUGUUCAACGAAUCAGAAAAUGAGGAGAACCAUUACGUGGAGAUGACUCAAAUGGCGGGGAAGUCCUUGUUAGAGCCGAAUAAUGCAGGGAACGAGCAAAGUGAGCACCAGCCAUACGAGAUGAUUUGUUUCAACGAAGGCCAACUGGAACCUGUAUAUAUGGAGCUGAAGACACCGGAUCAGAAUAAAACCAAAGGUAGCCAUGAGCUUCCUGAUAUUCUGAUGACACCUAAGAGAAAUACAACCAGCACCAAUAAAUCGGAUAGCUCGGAUGCAGAUGAUGAAGCUUCGAAAGAUUUAGAUUCUUUGGAUACCCCCAGCCGUACUAGAUUCAGCCUUUCUGAUACAUUCAGGCCUGCGUCGUACUAUCUAGGUGCUACUCAGGUUGUACCAGAAUGCCAAGACAGUUCUGACAGUGAAUUGGUGUCACCUCCCCCUAUUCCCUCUUCCCCACCGCCAAUGGACGACCUGGAUAAUACAGAAGAUCACAGCUAUGUGAGAGACCAAUCCAGAAAAGACGAGACUUACAGAUUCAACCUGUUGACUAGAUCUGUUAACAGAAAUUCCGACCAGUUCUUCAACAGUAAUAACAAAUAUUCGAAAAAAACCUCUGGUAUCAAAUAUGAAAACAUGAAAGGGAGUUCUGUGUCGCUGGACACACAGGACCCUACCCUUCCUGGGAUUGACAAAGAUUGUGGGACCGAGAAACAUCGCAGGCUAUCUAUAAAUAGUGAUUCUGACGUAGAACUUCGCGAUAUGAGAACUGUCGAGUAUGAAUCAAGAAUGAAGCGACGACCCGUCUCUGAAGGCUACUGCAAUGAGUUGGAGUGUCUAGAAGGAGCCGUUGUUGAAGAUUCCGGUCAGACUGUGGAGCUAGAAAGGUACCUCAGUGAUUUGCAAGUCAGCAAUCCAAGUGUUGCGAGUAACGAUGACAUUCGAUCCAACAGUGUUUCUUUGCACAUGUACUUUCACGAAUACGAGAACCUGAUGAUGUCUGGCUACUCAGGUAAUAACGAAACUUGCUUGGUUGAGGACAACAGCAAAGGGGCGUUUUCUGUUUCCGAGUUUCCUCAGAUAACCAGGCCAGACAGUAGCACUUCAACUUCAGCGGAGAUAAGUAGCCUUCUGCAGAAUUCCAAUCGCUCCACACCGGUUGCCGACAUAGGACAAGAAAUGAUUCCUGGAUCAGUGUACAAUUCCCCUAAUGUUCUGUGUCCUACAUCGGCUCCAUACUAUUACUCGGAUUUAUCUAUAAACAUACCCAACAACGAAAGCUCUUCGUCUAUACUGACCUUGAACAACCAAAGAGGAACAACGAACGAGAGUAAAAGAGACAUUACUCAUAUAAUAAACCCUAUCAAGCAGGACCUGAGGGGAUUUUCGAACCAGCUUGUGGGAGGCAUCGAAGAAAACACGUUUAAACUUGCCGCUGAGGCUAGAUCAGUAUCUGUGGAUUUUUUGAAUCUAACUGACAAGUCUGGGAAUAUCGACAAGAAAAAUAUUUACGAGUCUGACACCUUGAAGAGGCAGACUGCAGAUUUUGUUGACCCUAAGGCGAGAAAGUUCUAUCAGUUGCGAAAAAGUGAUAAAUUUGCUUCGUGCGAUAUUAUUUCUGGUGAACCUGGAGUUCGUAGGUCUCACUCUCUGGAGGGGCUACUAGAAAACGUUCUUAGCGACAGUAUCGAUACGAAUAUCUCGAUAGAGAAUGAACCCGUGACUGAAAACCAGAUUGACGUGCCGGCUACUGAAGGUAGUUACAUGUGGGAGGAAGACUCAAUAUGGAGGGAAAGGUUGAGAUCUGCCAGUCAGAGACACACCAAGUCUAUGGAAGACCUGGAUACCAUCGGCGACAAAAAGAAGAAACAAAAGAAAACCACGCGGGCUAUAACUCGAGGUGUCACCUACGUGAAUGACAAUUUCAUCAAACUUGAUAAGCAACAGAAAGAACUGGAGAAUCAGAAAACAGUGAAGGGCACAGAUAACGAGAUUAAGAAAGAAAAUAGUUUCAUAAUAGACAGGGAGAAGUUGAGGCAAUGGGACUUGCUUUCCAGUGCGCCUUCUGACGAUCAGUUGUCAACUGCUACGGCUGCUCAGGCGCCAGAAGGUAACAGCAUAGUGGUAGAAUUAGGUGAAGGGAAUUGUGAUCCGACUGAUAUUACCGACACACAAGAUACAGCGUCAGGCUCAAUUUCCAUAAAUACGAGAGAUAUAUCUCAACUGAAUAUCAGAGAUACAUUUCCGAGAGCGAUUUCAGCGAAGAAAAUAUGGACGCCCAACACCCCUAUGGAGUCACGUUCUGUGACAAAUUUAUGUAGAAAUUCUGACAAGGACCAGUGUGGGCCGCAAAAUUGCCAACUGUAUUAUACAAAUAAAAAUUCUAGUCACCCAGAUAUUACACCUGAAACAAGAAAGGAGAAUUGGCCCAUCAAUGAUAAAAUGAGUGUAUCUGCUGGUGAAUUACUUGGUAGAACUCAUGAAGAGUUAGUGUUGUUGUUGAUUCAGUUACGUAGGCAAAGUGCACAAACUUUGCAAGCAAUUGAGAAUUGUUACAAUGAAAUUGAUUCUAUUCAGGUUCAACUACAUACCAUGGAUCAAGCAAGAAGAAUGGAGAACUUACAAAAACUGGAACAAAUCAAACAGCAUUUAAUAGAACUUGAAAAGCAGUACGAAAAAGGUAAACCUCUGGUAAAUCUGGUGGACAACAUGGUGAAGCUGGGUUCGCUAUACCGUGUACCUACAGACAGAACACACGUCGCCCCCUGCAUACGGGACCGACUGGAAUUCAACCAACAGAUCCAGGAGCGAAGGUUACUAGCCGAAGAGAAAAGAGACUGGAAUCGACUGAAUCCAAACCACCUCCAUCUGCAGGAAAAAGUCCAGCAACUCUACCAGCUGGACAGGCUGAUACACGAAGAAUCUGGAACCCUUCAGAAUCUUCAGCAGGACAAAGAAGACAUCGAACGUGCUUUGGGAGGUUUGAGACUGCGUCUUAGCAAAGGGUUAAAGAGUCCAGCCGAAGUUGAACUUGCUCGAAAGCAACAGGUCAUGCUGGAAAACGAAUUGAGCAGAGUUCACUUGAUGUUGGCUCAAAAUUCAAAGAAGCUCGAAGAAACUGUAGCUGGAAAUGCGAGGCUGGAACAGGAGUUGCUGGUCCUGAAGCAGAAACUGCAGACAUCCAGGCAGCAGAGGAGUUCGCAGCAGUAUUCGAAUCCAGGUGACAGUUUAACCUGUGCUAUGGGUAACAGUGCCAUGUUGGAGUCUGACUUACAGAGAGUCCAGAAGAAAAUAGGCGAUUUGCAAAAACAACGUCAAGAGCUUAGCAUUCAAGUCAGGCAACUAACGGAUCGUUCAAGCAAUGUACCUCAGCAAAAGUCCUCUCCAUCUAGUGCAGUACAAAAUAGUCCGUGUAACAAGAAGAAAAUAUCCACGUUGUGGCGGGAAACUGAUUUGGAUACCAUGAAUAUUGUCGACCAUGGUGAUUCAUGGGACAGUUCUUCGUGUCUCAACGCGUCCACAAGCCCUCUGUACAUUAACACUGAAUUAAAAGUCGGAGACUCCGACUAUUAUAACCGUAGCGUAAGGUCUAACGAUUCAACCAGCGACAAUACAUCGGUCAGUUCCAAUUUACCUCAAGAAAAACAAGAAAUCAAAACGGUCAGGAUAGUGAAAAGAGAAUCAGAGAGAAGACAACGCGACAGAGAAAAAAUGACCCCCGGAAAGUGGGAUGCUGUUUUGGAAGAAGACGACUCUUCUCAGACUUCGAGUGUGUUGUUCAGGCCUGCGCCAGUUCAAAAGGUGCAAAGCGCCACGUCACUAGUAUCACCCACUCAUGAAAAAGAGCAGACUAUGCUGGCAAAUUCUCACAGUUCUGUUUCAAGUCCCAACCUACCUCAGUUUAUCGAAAGGGAAGGAACUUCGAGUACCGACGUUAGUACUGACAAAUCUCCGGAAUUAUCGCCGGUUUUCAAGAGCGAAGCUGCCCGUCAAAUCAUUACCGAGAUGUCAGUUCAUGAUAAUCCCAAGCAAAGUAACAGAAGAGCAGUUCCAAAGGAGAGGCGCAGGCAUUACACGGCACCCCACAACCACUUGAUAAUGAAGAGUUUUAAUCAAUUGCCGACAGACAAUGACGCUUUUAAUAAAAUGGUUAUGAAUACCCGUCGGGCUAGAGAUGAUCUGGACAUGGAAAGAGCACUUCGGCAAAGAAUAGAUGCGCCUGAUGUAGUUAGGUCUACGUUGAGCAGCAAGGAACUGAAAUAUAAUGAAAACACCAUUGAUAAUUUGCUGGGAACUCCCAAUAAAAUCAAUAUUCCAGAACGAUAUAUUCCAGAACAAUUACCUCAGUUGUCGGCCGAAGAACAAGAAUAUAGGUUAAGGAAAGUCGAGUCAAUUAAGAAAAUGCUCUCUGAUACAGCAAUUAUUAGUACUAGUUCUACCAACCUAAAUUCAGAUGACAAAGAGGCUGAAAAAUCUUCAAGUAGUCUAGCGAAUAAAGCGACUACCAAAAUGAUUGAAGAAAAAAGGCAGAGGGAGCAUUUACUACAGCUUAACCAAAUCUUGGCGAAACAGGUGAUGGAGAUGAGUAAAAUUGUAGCAGAUAACCUUUCGAAGAAAAAUCAUUGACAAGAUAUUGGUAUGGAAUAGUAUGCAGUUUUUUUAAAGUAACAGUUUUGUUUGUGGUGUUCAUUAAUAUUUGUUCAGUUUUUUUUUGUUUAAGAUUAUAUAGAUUAUAUAUUAUUUGAGGAAAAUUUUUAACAGGGAUUUGUAGUUUGGCCUGUACUUUGGGCCUUGAAGGUGGUGCUGUAGGUUUUUACUAAAUCUGUUCUUUUUCAUUUUAAUAUGUUUUCUAUGAAUGAUUUCAAAUCUUUAAAUCUGUUUUUA